UCUCGUUGCAGCCAGGAAAGUGCAUGCUGUUGAGAAGAUGAGAUGGAGUAACGUGUCGUUGAAAAGCAAAGUAAUACUGCGGUCUACAGUUAUCUUGCCAAGUUACAAACAUAUACUUACGAUGUAAAUAGGUCCAAGUAUGGAAGAUCACGGAAUGCUGGACUUUUAAGAAUUUCCAUUUUUGGAUUGGAACUAAAAACCAAGCAAACAGACAAACCCAGCCCAGCAGCAUGGCAGAGGCCUUGCUGGAGCAAGUGAAAAAACUGGAGGCAGAGCUGGUGAGGCUAAAGGCACAGCUGAGAGAGAGGGAAGGACCUUCGGCCGAACCUGAUGUUGCGGAGAGGGAUGGCCAAGGGAAUGAUGGGAGGCAGAAAGGAAAGAAAGGGGGCCAGGGACGGGUCUUUGAUUUUUCCGUCCACCCCAGGCGGCAUGUGGCCUUGCGGCUGGCAUACCUGGGCUGGGGCUACCAGGGCUUUGCUGUUCAGGAGAACACAGACAACACGGUGGAGGCCCGGCUGUUCGAAGCUCUGCUGAAGACCAGGCUCAUACAGGACCGGCAGAGCUCCAACUACCACCGCUGCGGCCGCACGGACAAGGGAGUCAGCGCCUUCACCCAGGUGAUAUCCAUCGAUUUGCGUUCCACUCAGUUUGGUGGGGGGCUGGGUGUUACCCUACCAGCUCAGGCUGAAGGGAAAGGCAAACCCGAUGUAUCAGAGCUGCCCUACGCCAAAAUGCUGAAUCGAGUGCUGCCGCAGGACAUAAGGGUUUUAGACUGGGCGGCUGUGGAAACCGGCUUCAGUGCUCGCUUUGACUGCCAGUCCAGGACGUACCGCUACUACUUCCCCCGUGGAGACCUGGACGUGGAGCUGAUGGGGGAAGCUGCCAAACGAUAUGAAGGCACCCAUGACUUCAGGAACAUUUGCAAGAUGGAUGUUGGCAACGGGGUCCUGCAGUUCCAACGGACCAUCCUGUCUGCCACCAUCCAGCCAGCUCACCCCCACAAGUCAAACUCCCCUGAUCCCUAUGACCUGUUUGUGUUUGAAAUAAAGGGUCUGGCUUUUCUGUAUCACCAGGUACGCUGCAUGAUGGCUGUCCUGCUCCUCAUUGGACAGAAGCUGGAGGCUCCAGAGUUGAUUGAUCAGUUAUUGGAUGUUCAGAGCAAUCCCAGGAAACCUCAGUACAGCAUGGCAGUGGAUUACCCCCUGGUGCUGUAUGACUGCCACUUUGAGGGGCUGCUGUGGCAAAGUGAGCCGGAGGAGGUCCGGCAAGUUCUGGGAACACUGCAGAACCACUGGACGCAGACAGCGGUCAAGACCCAGGUCCUCCAUGGGAUGAUCCAAGGCCUGCAAACCUCAGGUGAGUCUUGCUGCUCUCUUCCCUGCUGGCUCCUGGAAGGAACCAGACAGCGUAACUACCGCCCCCUGCUGGAUCGGCCUCGCUGCGAGAGCCUGGAGUCCAGAAUAGAACACUUUGUGAAGAGAGGCCGACUGGAGCGUGAGGAGGGCGAGAAUGGGGAAGGGCCAGUGCACAGGGGCAAGAGGUCAAAACACCAACACGGCCCCUCGAAUCAUCCCAGCAACAACUCCUCCUCCUCCUCUGACCCCACCAGCCAAGGACUUGAUUUGAUCUGACAUGAAGUCAUUUCAUUCCUUUUUUAUUUUUUACUUUUGAUUCAUUUCUUUUAUAUUAAGCAAUGGUUUGACUGGAGGUCCAUGCAAACCAUUUGAAUGAACAUAAUUCUGUAGGAUAUAUAACCAAGAAUUUCAUUUAUUUAUGGAGAUUUGGUUUGCCAAACUUUUGGUUGCAUGUGAAGCCAAAACUGCAUUGUAGGUGACUGAUGCUUCACAAGAUUUGAUUGUUGCAGUAAUAAAAAUGAUCCCCUUAAAGGUUGUCGCUAAAAUUCAAUUGAAAAGCUAUUCAAAAAGCUUGCAAGAGGUUAAUGGCAAGACGGACUGAAUCAUGACCACAUCAAUGCCGAAGGAGCGUCAUCUGUUACAGAUAUUGUUAAUGGAAGGAUGCCAAGGUGAGAUGUGUGGCACAGUCCACAGGGUGGCUGACUCGAGCCGUAUGCAAACUCCCAUAGUAUACAAUCCCUGCCAUUGCACUUCCUGAGCUGAAAAGUCUGCCUCUAAUUUCUCCCUGUCUGAAUAAAGAAAAAAUCCAGCACAAGUACAGAAGGACAGCGAGCCUGUCCUCUUAAAGAAAAGGAGAUAUAAUGCCAAUUGAAAGUGACGUUUGUCUAAAUCAUAACUAUAAUCAGAAGCGGAGUUAGUAGGGGUGCUAAGGGUGUGACACGCAUAUGAGCAGCCAUGGGGGGCCCCCCUGAGUACCUAAGGAAACUAAGGAAUUGGGACUAAUUUAUAUUUAAAAAAAUUGUUUCAUGAAUGUUGACAAGGAACAUUGCGUAUCGUUUGCAAUUAAAAACAACAUUUUUUAAUCUCCUAAA